UAGAUAUUCGCCAUUUCUGAGAUUGGUCAGUUUCCUGUGUAUUAAAAAGUUUUUGUUGUCCAUUCUUUGCCAGUUUUUUUGUAUCAUAUUUAAAAGUCGAAAAUUUAACAGUAAGUUCCGAAAAAAGUUAAUUCCCAAAGACAGGGGGAAGACAUGCGUUGACUUACUUUUAACUGCUGGAACAUUUUAAUAAACUAGAUUUACUUCAUAUUAAUUACGUAGUGCUUCAAAAUGCCAAUGAGAAGAACAUUAAAAAAUGUAGUCAAGAACUACACUGACGCUCAAGUAAAAGUACGAGAAGCUACAUCCAAUGAUCCUUGGGGUCCUUCAAGUACUUUGAUGACAGAAAUUGCAGAUUUGACUUACAAUGUUGUAGCAUUUACUGAAAUUAUGCAAAUGUUGUGGAAGAGGUUAAACGAUCACGGAAAAAAUUGGCGGCAUGUUUAUAAAUCUCUAGUGGUGCUGGAUUACAUCAUAAAAACUGGAAGUGAAAAAGUGGCUCAACAGUGCAAGGAAAACAUCUUUGCUAUACAGACGCUGAAGGACUUUCAGUAUACUGAGGACAAUAGGGAUCAGGGCAUGAAUGUCAGAGAAAAAGCUAAACAGUUAGUGGCGUUGCUUAAGGAUGAUGAGAGGUUGCGUAAUGAGAGAGCAAAAGCCCUCAAGGCAAAAGAAAGAUUUGCACAGAAUUCUCAAGGAGUUGGGAGCCAACCAUCGCGGAGUGCCAGUGCAGAGAGCCCUACGUUCCAAGGAGGUUCCGGUGGGUAUUCUGAUUCUGCUCUAGAUGGUUACGAUACUGGAAAUUCACCAGUACGAAGAAGACGUCACUCCAAUGAAAUUGAGGCAGUGCGUCCCUCUUCGAUCGGGGAGGAGGAGCUACAGUUACAACUGGCAUUGGCGAUGAGUCGGGAAGAACAUGAAGAAGAAGUUAGGAAACAGAAAUCAGAUGAUAUUAAACUGCAACUGGCGCUGGACGAAAGUCGCAGACAACAAGAAGAGGAGGGGGGUCAAGGUCAGCAGACCCUAGCUGGACUUGCAGACCAGUCAAAGCAGAAACAACAGACUGAUCCCUGGGGAGCCCCAGUAAAUAAACCAGCCAGUGACCCUUGGGGAGCUGCUUUACCUGCACCACCUGGUUCUCAUAAACAUCAAGCUCCACCCCCAGCAAAUGACCCCUGGGCAUCACCAGCUCACCAGCCUGCCCCUCAAGCACAGGCUGACCCAUGGUCAUCUCCAGCAAUGUCCAGUCCUGCACAACAAAAACCAUCAAGUGAUCCAUGGGGCACACCAUCAUCACAACAGGGACCCUGGGAUGCUCCAACAGCAGCAGGCGAGUCCCCGUAUGAUCCUUUUCAGUCCAAUGGAACAACCAACGGCACAGGAAAUAAUCUGGAUGAUGAUUUUGAUGUGCUCAGCUCUCGAAUGUCUCCUGCCAAGCCCACGGAAACCUCUGGUCAGAACUUAGACAUGUUUGAUCCACUGGCAGAUGGAGGAGCUAGUACAGAUCCGUGGAACAUGUCUGGUAUGCAGUCAUCUAUAGCCAAUGAGCAGCCAAAGAGGAACAAAACUCCGCAGGAAUUCCUUGGCACACAUUCUGGCCUUGUCAAUCUAGAUGAACUUGUUAAAUCAGAUCAAAAAAGUAAAAAAGCCAACAAUCCUUUUGCGAGUGCACAGUCUACCAACCCAUUUGAACAACAAGCUCCAGUGCGUGUUCCAAUGAGCCAGUUACAAGCUAACGCGUACAGUAGCGGAUUUACUCAGCCCAGCAGCGCUGGGCUUCUACCCGCACCCAUGAUGCCAAUGUCCACACCCGUGCAGCCACAGCAACAGAGUUCAAACCCUUUCUUAUGAGGUUAAGCCAGAAUAAGAACAAAAGAAUUAUGUAUGAAUUUUAAUGUGAAAAAAAUUAUACACAUCAUAGUGCAUUGCAGUAAACAAUUUCAGCAGGCUGGUCUGUUACUUGAAAAAUCAUUACAUGAAAAAUAAUCUAAGACUGAAAACAUUACACCAGUGAAGAAAUUAGCUGAAGCGUUUUAUCUACAUUUCAGUGUGUAAACUUAUUUCUUUGUAAUGAAUCGGAGUACCUCUGCAUCUAGAGACAUUUUUCAUCAUCAGCUGUCAUUGUUUACUGUAUAGAAACACGUCUACAUCAGAAUCUAUUUUACUUUAUCAGUCUUCUAAAGCCUGUUUGCCUGAAGUUGAAAUAGACUUAAAUGUUUGAUGUUCUUGAAUAGUCAUAAACGUUUAAGGUUCUAAACACAGUCCAGGAGACUACUUUGCUUGAAAUAGAGAAACAGGUUUAAGUUUCCUUGUUAUCGUUCAGUUUGGUAGACAACAAAAUCUUGAUCCUGUUUCCUUUUCAGAUUAUAGGUAUCACAAAAAUGGUACUUGUUCUAUCAAAAACCGUACUUGUUCUAUCAAAAACGGUACUUGUUCUAUCAAAUGAACAGAAAUAGAGACAAUCAUAUCUAAAAGAUCUGAAAGGUUUGUUUCAGACUGUCUGGGAUCAGAUGGGCUGUGCUGCACAUGUGCAGGAUUGGAGGGGCUGAAAUUGACUGCAGUGAUUAUUUGGAAGAAUAAAUGGAAAAUUUUAAUGUGAUAUUUUUGUGCUUAACUUUGAUUUGAAUUAUAAAUUCAUAAAUAAUAUGUAAACAUAUAACAUAUUUUCAGUUAUAAAUCCAACAGAAAAUUUUUAGAUUAUUUUUGAUCUUUUUAAACGUGAUUAAUUGAAGAAACAAGGUAAUUUAAAAGAAUAUAAACUCUUUAGUUCUCAGUGUGACACUGAGUUGUCACCUAUUUAGAGUGUUUAGUUUUUUGUUAAUUUUUUUUAAGAUAUAGAAUAUGCAAAUCUUACAAGGUCAUAAUAUUUAGUUGAUGAUCUGUUUCAUAACAUGGUGCAUAGAUUUGAUCUUUACCAUGACUAAAACAGUUUUUGAAGCCGAGUUAUUGGUUAUGCUGUAACAACAGAAUAUGUAAAUUGAAGUAAUGCAGAUUUUAAGUUUUAAAGGUGGACAUAUUCAAGGUCAAGAAUAACUACAUGGUACAUGAUCUAAUUGUGUUAUGAAUUUUUAGUGUAAAAUAUAGCUAAGUUAGUAGAUACAUACAUAAUAAAAUGACAUUUCUAGUACAAGACUAUGCUAAGGUUAAGGAUGUAUACUGGGUAGGGGCUGAUGUUAUAUAUACGGGAAAAUAAUGCGCGAUUGUUGUUGUUGUUGUAAUUGAUUUGUGUGUUUACUGUGAUAUUAAACUUGACACUGGCACCAGUUCCAGGAUAUAUUGUCAUACAGGAAGUGUUUGAAGUUAUAAACAAACACCUAUCCUAGAUUUAAAUUUUUAAAACUAUUCACUAUAUAUUUUUACUGUACUGUAUACAGCUCCAGCCAUAUUGUUAUGCUGUUUUGUAUGUGAUACAGGCAUCUGAUCUGUUUCUAAACAAAUUGAACCAGAGAACUAAUUUUAGGGUAGCCAUCCAUUGGCAGAUAGAGUUCUGCUAGAUCUACAUUUAAGAAAAGUGAAUUUUUUUUUUUUAAAUUGCUGCAUCUAUGAAAGAAACAGUUAGGAAAAGUGUUCCUUCUUUUGACAAGGAGCUGGUGGAAAUGGUGCCAUUGUUAUUGUAUAACUCUUUAUAAGAAUUUUUAUCAGCUGCUUCAGUAUCAGAAUGUCUAAAUGUCUGUUGAAUUUUUGUAUAAGUAUCAAAGGUAAUUUAUACUUUACCUGCUGCAGAUUUCUUUAUAUGCAUUCAGAUGAUGUGAAAAGUAAUCAGUUGAUAAUUUAAACACUUUAACCACAUAUUAUAUGCAGCAAAAAAAAAAGUUAAAAUUCAGAUCUGAAUAGUGACUUACAUUACAUAUACUGUGCAUUUUGCUAUCAGACGUAGCAAAAUUAGGUUUAUUUAGAGUCCUUCGAAACAUUUCUACAUCUUUGAUGCAAAGGCCAAUUUGAAAGUUUUCCUCUAAGCUAGGAAUGGAGUAAGGUUUCUAUAAAUGUGUUCAAUUAUUUUCAGUUUUAUGUUUUGACGGUACUCCGGCUUACAGUCUAUGUCUAAAUGGAAGCUUUAUAUAUGGCUUCACGUUUGUAUGUCUUGGGCCAUGAACAGAAAAGAGUGUAAAAUGUAUCGAGACAGGAAAAUAGAAAAUAAUCUCUCUUUUGAAGAUUUGUUACAGGUCAUUAAACAAGAUUUUCAUUGAUAUUUGGUCUGUUUCUCUUGGUGAAACCUUGAUUCAUCAGUAUCAUCAUCUCUUCAAUUUCUUUCAUCAUUUUCUUUCAUCAUCACACAGGUCUUUAUUCUAGACACAUUGUCCGUAUUUGAUAGGAGUGAUAAAUUUAGAUCUGAAAAUUGUUGACUAAAUAAAAUUAAAUCAUUCACAGGGUGCACAUUAUUCAGUCACAGUUGUCAUAUUAUAUCCAUCUAAAUUGUUUAUUAGGAUAUCAAGGAGAUACUUUAUGUUUUGUGCUGCCAGUGAGAAUAUAGAGAUGCUUGUUCUUUAUAUCUUUUAUGCCAGUAAUUAUGCAGUCUGAUAAAAUUUAUAACCUUCUAUUUAGUGGGGAGUUUUUUUUUUCUUGGGGCUCAUGAAAUAUAACUUUUAUAUAAGACUUAAAAGAUGUUUACAGUAUACUGCAUACAUACACAUGUAUUCAUUCAAGAAUGUGGAUGUUGAUGAGGCAAUAGGUUUGAACAACUUUGUAAACUUAUACUUGAAAUAUUUAUAAUAAUAGCAAUAUUAAUAAAGUUUUAAACUUUAAUUUUACAAGGAUUACAUAAUUGACUAUAACCAGUUCAGCAUAUGGUCCUCUGAGCACAGUGGUUUUAAAAUUCAAUCUUUAACAUAGAGUAAAGAUGUUGACAUGAAAGACAUGAAUAAAAAUAAUGUGUGAACAAAUUAAUCUCUACUAGCAUGAAAACACUGUUUCAACAGUAUGUAGUUUAAAAAAAAUAUAUAUCAUUAGCAGCAUCAGAAGCUAAAAGUAUUGACAGAAGUUAGUUCAUGUUUUAUUCUCAAAUAAUACACUGUCUCUGGCCUUAACCUCUUCCUCCAUUGUAUAAGCUGCAUUGUGAAACAUGUUAAAUUAUUACAUGUAGAACUACUACUGUUCUGCAAGAGUCAUCAAGCAAAAGAGGGUUCAGAAUUUCACAACCAUAUCUGUGAUUAGUUAGCAUGUCAGAUAAGUAGAACCUAUGAAGUAUGUGAAAAUUUUCUUCAAAAAGCUGCUUUCCAUUUUGAAAUGGAAGCUCAAGAACCUUUUAUUUUCGUUGUUAACAUAAAUAUUUUUACACAAAUGCAGUUAAAUUAUUCUAGCAUGCUUGUUGAAAGUCAGCGAUUAUACUGACAUGUCUGCUAAUGCCUGAAAUAAUGCCCAGUGCACCUCUUACACAACUUGAGAUGAAAAAAUUCCGAAGUGAAAAGUGUCAUUGUAGCAACAAUAAGGUAGUAGACCAGUAGUGACAAUCGACAACUAUGUGAAUAUGUAUUCUCCGCAAGCAGUUUUGGCAUCCUUCGAUUCUUCUUCAUAAUACCAGGAGAAUGCUGAAAUGGCAUAGGGGGAAUUUGUAAUCAGAUGGAAAAUGCCAGUUGUCAUUACAGAUUCACUACCAGUACAUUUACUGCUACACAUGGGUGUAACUGUGAUAUAAAAUAUAAGGGAUUUAGCUUGACAUGAUUAUUCAUACCAAAAAUGUCAAGUAGAUAGUAAUAAGAUUUUGUUUUUAAAGUAUUUGUAAACAUUUCUGUUGUUAACUAAAAACAAAACAAUCUGACCCUGAUCAGAAGUUAAGCAGCUCUAUGUACAGUCUGCCAAAUUUUAAUUUUGUAUAAAUUUAUUUGUUACAAUUUAUACAAAUCACAAUAGUGUCCAAAAUAUCAAAUUCUGAUACUAUUAAAAAGAAUAAAUUGACUGGUAGGAUGGUAGAGAGAAUUGCGUGUUCAUUUAUAGCAAUAAACAAAUUGGAAAUUUAGGAUUCAUUAUGUUAUAAAUGAUUUUCUAUGUAUGUAAAAGCACUGAUUAUAUGUAUAUACAUAUGUAUGUAUAUACAUGAAACAAGAUUAAAGAAAUAUCAUAUAAGUCAUAUUUUGUUGUGUAAUAAUAAAAUGUGUAAACAUUUAGCUUUUGAUGUAUUUAUUUAAAUCAUAGUAUUUUAUUUUUGUACUUGUAAUUUUAAUGUGUGUUAUAAAAACAUAUGUGUCCACUGUUUGUCCUCUACAGAGAAAUAGAUGGUGAUAAGCCGUGCUGUACAAUAGAAUCUCGCAAAAUUUCUAAUUCAUGAUAUUGUUGUGUUAACUGCUGCAGUGUGUGUAAGUAUUUUCAGUUAACCUUUACCCUGAUAAAUUUCUAAAAUGGACUGGUCCAGCAUUCACUUUGGGCAGUACCACUUAUUAUUCAAAUGUAUGUUCACUGAAAAUUUUCUGACUGAAUAGAAAACAGUUCAGACCAUGAUCAGCAUCCAUGCAUGCUGAUCUUGGUCUGCACUGGUAGCAAAGGCAAAAUCACUUGCCUCCGGUAGGCUAAAGGCAUUUGAGUAUGGAGUGUUUUUUACUCAUUUAUGUGUAAAAGGACAUGCUCACACAAUGAGGAUAUUUUCUUAAAUUUGGAACAAAAGAACUGUAUUGGAAUUAAGGAGACUGUGAUACUAAGAAUUGCAACUGGGGAAUAAUUAGUAAAUUGUACCACAUGGUGGACUUAAAAGUUGUUUAUUGUAAAAAAAAGAAAUGAAAAUCUCAGUUUCAUACAAAGUGUACUGUAAUGUUAUAUUGGUACUGAAGAUUCAUGAUUUGUGUGGUUAUUGGAAGUAUUUGGUGUCACAGUUUACAUCUUUGCUACCCAUUAGAAUGCACAGUCCUUUCACAUAUUACAGCGAAUAGCAAAUUAAGGACACUUCAGUCAUGUCAAUAAAAAGCAUAAAAUGAAGUUUAGAUUUUACAUCUUGCAAUUCAUCUCUCUUAAUUACAGAAAAUGCCUUAUACAAAGAUAAUUUAUCUUUACUUUUCAUAAAUGGCAACAAGAAUGGCUGUUCGUUCUGAAAGUUUUUUUCCAAGAAAGUGGUAGUCCCUUGAUGACAGUGGGCAAUAUUUGUUUGAUUAGUUGUUCUCCAUUUGCUACAUCAGCAUUUCUUGGCAGGUACAGAAGCUUGUAUUAGCUACCUUAAAGAGGAGGUAGGAAACAGAGAAUGCAUCAUCACACUGAAAUUGCCCAGAGUCCAUGUGGGUGCAGUACCUUAACUAGAAAAUCCUGCUUGAUAAGGAUAUUUAGUACAUAGGUUCUGAAGUCUGAAUGAUAUGAUGCUGGUUGCAGAAAGAACAGAAAAAAUAUCUAUAUAUGUAAUGCAGCUAAACAUUUUUAUUUUUGUCUCAUGCAGAUAUGUGUAACAUAGCCAGGAAUCUAUUUUACUUUGUGUUUUUAAGUAUAAAUGUAUGACUGAGAACUAGAGAGAUUUGUGUGGUUAUCUGUUAACAAUUCUUGUAUUCUCCUACAUGAAAAACAUGUAUCUGCCGAAGUCUUAAUAAACUAAGUAAUAUA